CGAUAGGAAAAAUCAAAAGUCGCGGGUAUGUAUAUCUAAAGGCGUGAAACAACAGGAAAAUUCGACACAUUUGGUCCUUGGGUUGACAUUGUUUAAUGUCAGUGUCAGUGUUUAAAUAAUAAUACAACUAACUAAAUCGAAAUAAACCAGAAGCAUGCUGGAAACCAAGAGCAUUAGUGCUUUGGCAUUUACUGAGACGCCGCGCAAGCGUAAAAGGGAAACAGGCGGCUGCGUGCCCCUUCCCCAGCCACAGCAGCAGCAACCCUUAACCAGUGACGCCAAGGUGCAGCAGGAAGCAGCUGCCGCCGUCACAGAGUCAUGCUUCACCAACGCUGCCUUCAGUUCGACGCCCAAGAAGCUGAUUGGACGCCGUCGUUUGGCCAAAGAGAACAGCAAUCCGUUUCCUUGUUUGGAGUUUAAGUCCAUAGCGGAUUUGGCACAGCAGCAGCAUCAGCAGCAGCAGAAGGAGCAGCAGCAACCAUCCACCAAUCCCUUCGAGGUGGUGCGGCAUCCCUGCAAGAAAAAGAAACGAGAAAUUGCGUGCUUUGAGAAUCCUGGCCUGAAUCUGGAACUGCCCGAAAAGCCAUUCAAUCCGUAUGAGGUGAUCCGUUGCGUUGCCACGCCCAACAAGGGCUUCGUCAAUGCCGCCCUCAACGUCCGUGGCAGCGAUGCGCCCGCCUCGCGCAAUCCCUUCGAGAUCCAUCGCCAGAGCGAAAUCUCCGCUUUGGCCAGCAAUCCCGCAGGCGUGGCCAAUGCCGCCUUGGCCGAGGACCCGCUGCCCACUAGCCUGAAGAUCGGUCUGCCGUUUGUGCCCACUGUGGGCUGUCGCAUCGACUUUCAUGGCAUGUCCCUGGCCCAAUUAACGCCCAGCAAGCUGCUCGCGGAGAAGCUUGUCUUUUCGCCAGUGCCGGGGCCAAAGCGCUCGCUGGGUGCCAUUAGCGAGGAGUCAUCCACCAUGGAUAUUGGCAAGGAGCUGGAUCGCUACCAACUGGAGCUGGAGAACAGCAUCAACGAGGCAAAGCUGCGCAAGAAGGGCCUCCUGGUGGAGUCGGAGGAGACGCAGGAGACCUUGACGCAGUUGGUGCAGGAACGCCAGGAGGGUGUCGAAGUGGAGCGCCAUCUUAUAUGCACCAGAAGGCGCACUCUCACGGAGAUUAGCGAACUGCCAGAGAUGGAAUCCUCACCAGUGGGAGAGCAACUAGAGGACAAGAAAGAGGAGCAGCUUCAGGAGGAACAAGAAGAGGAGCAGGAGCUGCAGCAGCAGGAGGAGAAAGAGAAGGACCCCGAGCCAGAUGCAGUUGAAGGCGAUGUAGCCUAUGCCUCAGAAUCAGACGAGGAGGACUUCAAGGCACCUGCCCGAUUUGUGCGCGCCUAUCGUCCGGCAGCGCAGCUUAAGGCCGCCAGCAAGGAGUCCCUCCAGUCGAUUGGAUCCAGCAAGUCCGGUAAAUCCCUGGACAAGCCACCAUCCAGCCAUGGAAUGAAGAAUAUGAUACGCAAAUCGAUACGCCGCCUCAUGCAUCCCAUGGAGAGUAGCAGCGCUACGAGCACGAGCACUUCCCCGGAGAAACCGCACAACAACAUCAUGCACACUAUUCGUCACAGCCUGCGACGGCGGCCACAGAAGGAGCCGCUGCAGGAGGAGCUACAUCCAGCGGAUAUCUCCAUUGUGGACAGCAGCGAGCGGACAAUGAAGCUCAGGUCGAGCAUACCACAAACGGAGUACAUGACCAUCGAGCAGCUGACGAACGAAAAAAAGCACACGCUGCGAAAUAGCAUUCGUCGUUCGACACGGGAUGUGCUGCGGCAUGUCUUCCACAAGAGUCACGAUGCCUAUGCCACGGCCAAGUGAGGAGGAGGUCAACAUCAACAUCAACCCAACCAAUCACCCAAUCAAUUUAAUUUAUUAGCCCUUAAGACCAUUGAAUUUCUAAUUGCACCCAAAGAACGUCAUACAAAAGAUGCACCCAUUUCAGAACAAAAAUCCAUCCAGGAUGGAUACCAAAGAUAAAAGAGGAUCGGAUCUGUAGUUCUUGGCUGGAGUUUUCUACGCUUCGGCUUCUGUUCGAAGAUUUCGAGUUUAAGAGGUUUUUUUUUUGAGGGAAAUGUUUUGGUUAUGCAGCAGCGCCCCUCGUUUGGUUUUUGCCCCCACACAUUUAUGCACUCUUCAUGCUUCAUGUUUCUCUUUGAAUGUACUUUUAAGGUUUUAUUGCACGUUUAUUUAUAUAUGUUUACUGUAUUGUA